ACAGGUUUUCUAACAAAAAAGAAAACAGCUGAGCUUUGUUCUUGCCAACAGAAGUCGAUUUUGUUAGCACAAAAUAAAUAAAUAUUAAAACUUAAACAUUUUUGUAAAGAGAACUGCAAAGUAGACACAAAAUCAAAAUGCCUAUUGACUGGUUCGGUUAUGCAUACGCUGCCACAGUUGCAGCUGGUGGAAUUAUGGGUUAUGCGAAGGCUGGUUCAAUUCCUUCACUUGGAGCUGGCGUUGCCUUUGGCGCAUUGCUUGGCUAUGGCGCCCACUUAAACUCUGGGGAUCCACCACGUCCAUUGCUCCAAUUGGGCACAUCGCUCUUUCUGGCCGGAUUGAUGGGUGCUCGCUGGAAUCGAUCGGGAAAACUGAUGCCAGCCGGCAUUGUUUGUAUGCUUUCAGUAGCUGCUUUGGUUAAGAACUUGCUCACUUAUAAUCGCUACUUGCCAAUGCCAACGAAGGGCAAUUAAAACCAACAGCAAUUUACACUUAAUGUCUGGGCCUGGAUUGCUUGCCGAGAGAUUUUUUUUAAAUUAAUUAUUUUUUUUAUGUAUUUCCUCUAUUAUUUUGUGUGACUCAAAUAAAUUGUAAAAGGU